AUGGAUGCAUGUUUAAUGAUUUGGAACAUUAAGCCACAGACGCGAGCAUAUAAGUUUAGUGGCCACAAAGACGCUAUAUUCUGCGUUCGAUUCUCACCGACUGGUGAACUUAUACUAACUGCUUCUAGGGAUAAGACAGUAAAAUUAUGGAUUCCGAGCAUAAAAGGAGAGUCCAUCACCUUUCGCGCCCAUACUGCAGCAGUUCGGUGGGUUGAUGUGUCCGCUGAUGACUCAAGGAUGUGUACAGCUUCAUCAGACAAGUCGGUAAAAACAAAAGUUCUUGUUCUCUUUAAACCAACAUGUGAAUUGGGUGAGGUGCUGUCGGUAGGUCACGGCCCAUCUUAUUUAGCCAGUUUUUCACCUGACUCACGCCUUAUCAUAUCUUCAUCAGAUGAUAAAACUAUUAAGUUAUGGGACACUGAGACGCAAGGUUGUGUACAUACCUUCCAAGAAGCUGGUGGCUUUGCUUCACAUCUGGACUUUCACCCAAAUGGGAACUGCUUUGCAUCGGGAAGUACGAAUUGCACAGUUAAGCUUUGGGACUUAAGGAUGAACCGUCUACUUCAACAUUAUGAUGAUCAUACCGGUCCAGUACAUAAAGUUGCUUGUCAUCCCAAUGGUCAUGUUCUGCUCUCUGCAUCUGAAGACUCAACACUGAAAAUAUUUGACCUCCUUGAGGGUCGUCCACUUUUUACACUUCAGGGACAUCAGGGACCUAUUACUGCAGCAGCAUUUUCUGCGUCUGGUGAUCAUUUUGCAUCUGGUGGGAGUGAUGAACAGGUGUUUUUAUGGCGCACGAAUGGGUGUGCUAGAAUGACUACUAAUAUUCCAGACAACAGUUCACAUCCAAUUCACACAACUUCUAAUCCUGAUGGUUCCAUAUCUCGGGACAAAUCUAUUCAAAUUAAUAGUCAUCUAAUAUGUCCUAAAUCUGAUCCUCAAGUAACGUCAAGUGAAGUGCAUGAAAAAGCGGAAAAACCAUCAUUCGCUACUUCUGAAGCUGCUGUCGACUUUCAUGAAACUACUAACAGUGGAGCACAGAACCCGACUACUUCCGUUAAGUGUCAUUUUCCGCCUGAUUUCCGUACCCACUCUGGUGUUAUCUCAUCAAUGACUUUACCAUUAACGUCAAAUAUGAAUUUUCUACAAGCUAAUUCGAAAACAGCAAGUGGUCUAGAAAGUGAACGCCAAAAUGUCCCACCACCACUAUCUACAACACUUGAACAUAUUGUUUCACAACUAGAUAUUUUAACUCAGGUACUAUCAAUUUUACAUGGUGAUUUUAAUAAACUCUUGUUUUUCAGUCUAAAGUAUUGUCCAGUAAGCGAUACUGAUUUGUAUGUCGUUGCUAUUCCAUGAUUUCGAGGAGGAGAACCAUUUACCUAUAAAACUAAGGGGUUUUCAUGCUAAGGAUUGUACGCUCUACAUACUUUACUUUAUAUAACUAAAUUCCCAAAUACUUUUUCCUAACAAUUAAAAAUCUGGUAAAUCUAGAUAGCUGUAUGAGUGUUACCGGGUGCAUGACUGAGAAAGGUCCUAUCAGUAUAGCAAAAACCAGAUUGGUUAGCGCCUAUCUUAUGCACCUUACCUUGCUAAAUGUCAGGUAUGUACUGCUUAAGUGGGAGAAGUUUCAUCCUGCACUUAUGACUUAGUUUAUUGAGGAUAGUACUUAACCACUCACUGUAUUUUUUUUUUCAGAAUUGUUAUCGUAUGUUACGAUUUACUCAGAGGAUGCUUUAUUUGAGUACUAAUCCAAACUUACUUUUAUAAAAGAUGUAGUAAAAAACUAAAGCAGGAUUAUCACUGACUUCUGUUUUGAACAAUAUAUGAUAACAUCUCAAACCAUUGAGUUGCACGAUCUGUAGGAUCACAAACCAAAAAUCGUGGUGGACCAACAGGUAUCAGUUCUGCGUGCCACCUUCCAUACUACAGUGACAUGUCAUAAACUGACUACCUCUCUUCCGUUCCACCUAGUUUUAGCAUCUGCGAAUAAUGCGUAAUGUGAAAGCCACUGUAGUGAGAUUCACAAAAUAUUUCAAACUCACUUGUUGAGGAUAUGCAAUCCUCAAAUAAAGCUUUUGCGAAAGGCAACCAAUGUCGAUGAUUUUCGUUAUAGCAAAUUAUUUUGUGUGAAAUUGGCUUAUGUAUUUUUAACAAAUCUUAGUAUUUUUUGUUUACUGACAAGUACUCAGUCCAUAAUUUCUAAUCACCGUAAUUGAUGUGUAGUCGAUUAACUAAAAUACAUUUCCGAUUGAUACACUGAGGUCACCGAUGUGCGUCACAACCGUAAGGUAGUUGUAAUGGUAAGUAUAAGUAAUUGGAUUGACCAUUUAUAAGGUUUUGUUGAAUCCUUAACUUCCUUACUUACGCCUAUUACUCCUCAUGGAGGAGCAUAGACCGCUCACCAGCAUUCUCCAUCCAACUCUGUUGUGGGCCAUCCUUUACACUUGUUUCCAGUUUCUGUUCAUUCUUCUGAUGUCUGCUUCCGAUUCCCUGCUCAAUGUGUUCCUUGGUCUUCCUCUUUUCCUGUUCCCUUCAGGAUUCCAAGUUAGCGCUCGCCUUGUGAUGCAAUUCGGUGAUUUUCGCAAUGUAUGUCCUAUUGACUCGAGACUUCUUUUCCUAAUUUCCUCCUCAUCUGGAGGUUGGCUUUUUGUCUGUUAUAGUAGGCUGUUGCUAAUGGUAUCCGGUCAAUGGACAUUGAGUAUCUUGCUUAGACAAUUGUGUAUAAAUACUUGUACCGUUUUGAUGGUGGUUGUAGUAGUAUUCCAUGUUUCAGUUCCAUACAGUAGAACUGUCUUGGCGUUCGUAUUAAAGAUUCUGACUGUGAUAUUGGUUGACAGUUUUGAAUUUCAUAUGUUCUUCAACUGUAGGAAUUCCGUUCUUUGAACCCUUAAGCUAUUUCAUUAUUGCCUAAAUAAACCGUUAAUAUAUAUCAUGAAAUAUAAGACCUAUAAUGUAGUGGUUUUAUGAACACGUUAAUAACAGAUUUUCCGACUUAUUACUCCUCACCAACUAAUAAUUUGCUUUCCAACGAUUUCUUUUGUUACUUGUAGCUAACACCCUACAUGUUGACUUAUAUGAAAGUACCUAAUGUGUGGAUGUUUUUGUUUUGGAAAACUAAUAUUCAUUCAUGCUAGGUUUGAAGCUAUUACGAGUUCACUUGUUAUGCGAACGGAACAAAGACUUGUGACCGUUGAACAAUAAGUUAGCUAUUGAUGCAUCCCAACCCCGCUAACCAGAGGAAGAAGUCCAAGCAUGAAACUGGAAAGUAUAUUCUGUAAGCCAGAAGCACGAGUGAAUAAUAACAGACACAAAUCAAACGUAUAUAUAUAUAUACACAGCGUAAAACUGUCCUUGGGAAGCGUUGCAAAAAUAGCCUACUAAAAAUACACAACGGACCAAUAGCGUUAAAGAUUCUCCCUAGUGGGAAAUACGACAUGAAGGUGAAAAGAGCGCUUUCGGCGCAAAAGCAAGGAAAAUUAAAUUUCCAAAAUAAAAUUACAAAAUUAAUGCAUUUACCAAGUGAGUUCUGGGGAUGUAACAUCCCCAACAAUUCAAAUACAACUUGUGAUAGAUUUCGGUUUGUGAGAAACAACAAGAGUAGAAUUGUAUCGACCAUAACAUAAUAAAAUGUUGGUUAUCCGUUAUUAAUCUAGUGUGUGACUCAGCAUUAUUGUUAAUCGACCGUCUUUGAUGUUUAUAAUUCGAGAAAUUUUGAGCUUAGAUUGUGCAUUUGUGAAUACUUAUCAAUAUAUUGGACCUGUAAACUCGCAGAAGUCAUUGCACUUUAGUCUUUUUACUAAUUAUUUGUAAUUUGAUAUCUGUUGAAUCCUUACUUCAUAUUUAUAUUUUACUUAUCUGUAAAUUUAUUACACUGGAUUUCUCGGAAAGCAUUGUUUAUAGUGCAUAAAUUGUUAUCUGAGGCAAUGUAAAACCAAAAGCAAUAUUAGUUUUUUCUUCUUUACUUCUUCAUAG